AUGAUAGACUCCCACUCCAUACUAACAGAUUUGGCCCAACUUUGUUUUCACUUUAGCAGCGGCCCAAUCUUUGUAGCGAAAAAGAAUUGUUCCAAAGAGGAAUUUAUAUCAGACUGGGAAGCAAACGUAAAACCACCACUCUGUAAUCCCCAACAUCCUCCCGCCUCCGUCGCCUCGCGUCUCCGACCAUUACUGCCACCGGCUAAGAAGCUCCGUUGGAUUGCCUGUAGGAGAAUAUCUCACAAAAAAGCCAUAAAAAUGGUGCCAAUCAGCCUUCCAAAAACCAGUGGCUUACGUUUACUUUCUUACUGCAAUCUCAGUGGCAUUCCCCUUCGUCCACUUCUUCCCACAUGUUCUUCACCAUUACACUCUGCAUCAAAAGCAAAUGGAAAUAGACUCUCAACACCAAUCCCUCCUUCUCUUUCUCUUUCUCUUUCCAUAUCCCCAUUACAAAUCGCAUCAAAAUCAACCAGAAGAAUCUUUUGCACAUCCCAAACUGUAUCCACAGAUCCUUCAACUCCCACAACAACCGAUGACAACAAAGUAAAAGAUGAAGUUGUUGUUGAUAUGAUGAAGAUAAAAGACAUGGCAAACACACUAGACAUAAGGGUAGGAAAAAUCUUGAAAGCAUGGAGACACGAAGAGGCUGAUUCACUAUACGUUGAAGAAGUAGACAUUGGAGAACCAGAGCCAAGGAUAAUCUGUAGUGGGCUUGUGAAAUACAUUCCACUUGAACAAUUACAAGACAAGAAAGUAGUAGUUCUUGCUAACUUAAAGCCAAGAAACAUGCGGGGUGUGAAGUCAUCUGGAAUGUUAAUGGCUGCUUCUGAUGUGUCACAUGAGAAUGUUGAGUUGCUUGAGCCACCUGAAGGGGUAACCCUAGGAGAGAGGAUAUGGUUUGGGGGUGAAGAUGAUAAAGAAAAGCUACCUGAAGCUGCAUCACCUAAUCAGAUUGCAAAGAAGAAGAUAUGGGAACAAGUGCAGCCUCAUUUGUCUACUACUGAUUCUUGUGUUGCUACAUUAGGAGGUGCGGUAUGAUUUCCUUGCUAAUUUCAUCAAAUGGUUGGUUCGGAUCAAAACCGGAGCGACCAACGGGACGGG